CUUUUACUGGUCAGUGAAACAUGCGGUACGUUUCAUGCACAGCAAUAAUUACGCAUCAACGUGGAAGAACAAAAACCAACAGAUGAUCUAAACGAGCUAGUGAAACAGGUGGUACAGGCGACAGGUGCAAUUAAUGCGUGUCUCGGUCGAGAAUCAGUGAAUUCAACAGCAAGUCUCAUGAACUUUUACGGCUGUCUGGUACACAUUUUGCCACGUAGCUCCAUCUAGUUUACGCAUUCACAAUGGCACCCAAGUGAAUUCAUUUUCAAAUGAUGCAACCGAAACCAUAUGUUUUCAAGAAACCUGACCAUGAACAACAGAGACUGCAAGAUAGCUGCUGCUGCGGGCAAUUCAACCGAAAACACCGCCCCUGUCGUUCGCAUCUUGGAUCGUCACCACCCAGCGUUCGUGCAACAAAAAUGGAAAGGACUUUCAGUCUCUGGCCGACCGUCGAGUUACGAUGAGAUCUCCGAUGAUGGGGUUGAGCAAGUCGCGGGAAACGAUCCAAUCGUCCGCGAUCGCACUGUUCACGCGUCUACGUCGGCCCAGGACCCUCGUUUCAUUGUUGCUCGUCGUCUGCGUUGGCUAUUUACUUGUCGUCAGCAGCAGUCGUCACGUCAUAGACAAUAGUCAAUUGGGCCUGACGGAGAGCAACACAUUCCAAGCUGAAAUUGAGGAUGCUGAUCAUCCAGAAUCAGAACCGAAACGAAUCUUGUACUGGACGGGCUAUUACGACAGACCCGACAUGAUAUUCGGCUUUGGCCAGCAACCGUUUAUCAAGGCCGGCUGCAAAGUCACCAACUGCGUGGCCACGGCCGAUCGAAAUCUGCUCGAUCAGAGCGACGCCAUCAUUUUUCACGCCGGUCAGUUCAAUUUGAGCGAUUUGCCGAGCAAAAGACGUCGGCACCAGCGAUACAUUUUCUAUUUAUUCGAAACGUUGCCGUUGGCUCGCGACAGCGCCAUUUAUUUCUCGAACGUUGUCGACCACUUCUUCAAUUGGACAAUGACGCAUCGACGAGACUCUGACAUUUAUUGCGCGGAACCUUACGGCAAAAUAAAACGCAAAGCGUCGUCCCCGUGGAUGGAACAAUUGCCGCCCACUUUAGCACCCGGAGAGAGGCCAAUAGCGCCAGCCAAACUGAUGGAAACAGUUCGCAAUCACCCGCGUUUGGCUAAAAAAGAUAAAUUAUUGGCUUGGUUCUGUUCCAACCAGAGGACGCAUGGUCGCAGGGAAGACUACAUCCGCCAGCUGGGCAAGUACAUGCCCGUCGACAUUUACGGAAACUGCGGCAACUUGACGUGUCUACCGAAGAACAGCGACAGGUGCAACAAUCUGUUGGACGAGUACAAAUUCUACAUGUCGGCGGAGAAUUCGCUGUGCGCCGAUUACGUCAGCGAGAAAUUCUAUCGAGCUUUGAAAACGGACAUCAUUCCGGUGGUGUACGGGGGUGCGGAUUACGCGGCGUACGCUCCUCCGCAUUCGUACAUCCACGUCGCCGAUUUCGCCUCGCCCAAACAUCUGGCCGAGUACCUGUUGUUGCUGGACAAGAACGAGGCCCUCUACUUGAAAUAUUUCGAAUGGAAAAAAGACUACGACGUGCUGAGGGGUCCGCUGGAUGGCUGGUGCGAUUUGUGCGAGAAAUUAAACGAUCCGCUGGAACCGACCAAAGUCUACGACAGUAUGGCCAAAUGGUGGUACGAUGACGUGCCUUGUUAUUCGGGCGACACUUUUAUUCAAACUGUUCUCAAUCACGAUUCGUAGAUGAACGAAUAUCACCAUUGGCUUUCAAUGUUCUUUGAUUUUGAUUGUUGUCAAGUUAGAAGAAGAACUUUUUUGUCUCGUCUUUGCCUGGAUGUCGUUUAUUUAUACACGGACGUGAUGCAUCACUCCUACAGCCAUUAUAGUCGAUCUAAUUGAAUAGUUUUCUGUUUUACAAAUAAAAGCACGUCCUGUAUGGCUGUACGGGGAGUUUGCGGAAGGUGCUGUUUCACCGAAAUGUUUGCCGAAUGUGUUAGUUCCUAUCCAUUACCCACAAUGGCCGACAAUACAUUCCCACCUCCCCAAAGUACUACAUGCAGCUGUGCUUCUUUCAACAAAUUCUUUAAAUCUAUUUGCAAUUGUUAUUUAGAAUCGUUGUCACUAUUUGAAUACAACGCCGUAGUUUUUA